AAAGCAACUACAAUGGCACAAUCACCUCCACCUCCAAAUAUAUAAUAGACCCCAUUCCCCUGUUUGACCUUCAAAUUCAUUGCUUCAAUCUCAACCAUCACAAUUUCAUCGUCUAAUGGGUUUGAAGGAGACCUUUUAUCUUUCCCAUGGAUCUCCUAUGAUGAGCAUCGAUGAUAGCAUUCAAGCAAGACAGUUCUUUAAAUCGUGGAAGGACAGUUUUUAUGUGAUAAAACCCAAAGCCAUUCUCUGCGUUUCUGCUCAUUACGACACCACUUUCCCCACCGUCAACGUUGUUUCCGGUCCCAACGACACCAUCUACGACUUCUAUGGCUUCCCCUCUUCUAUGUAUAAGUUAAAGUAUCCGGCACCGGGAGCUCCGGCGCUGGCGAAGAGUGUGAAAGAGGCUCUGGUAAGAGCAGGGUUCGAGCGAGUCGAGGAGGAGCGAGGACGGGGAUUGGACCAUGGUGCAUGGGUUCCUUUAAUGUUCAUGUAUCCAGAAGCAGACAUCCCAGUAUGCCAACUCUCAGUACAAUCACACCUAAAUGGAACACAUCAUUACAAUUUGGGCAAAGCAUUGGCUCCCCUUAAGGAUGAAGGAGUUCUUAUAAUUGGGUCAGGAAGUGCUACACAUAACCUUAGGACUCUCAAUCAUAGUGGAAACUCUUCAGCCAUUGCCCCAUGGGCUCUUGAGUUUGAUAAUUGGCUCAAAGAUGCUCUCCUCCAAGGAAGAUACAACGACGUGAACGAGUACGAGAAGAAGGCUCCUCAUGCAAGAAUGGCACAUCCAAGUCCGGACCACUUAUUCCCGUUGCACGUUGCGAUCGGAGCAGCGGGAGGCAAUCCGAAAGCAAAGCUUAUCCACCAUAGCUGGGACCUUGGAACCAUGUCUUAUGCCUCCUACCAAUUCACAGCCUCUUCUCCCACCCACCAAUCACAAGAAUUAUGACAUCAACAUUUCUCUCUGUUGCUUUUAUUAUAGGCUGUGUGUUGUGAAUGCUCUCUUUUCCAAUUAAGUUCAAAUGUAGCUCCUCGCUCUAUGCUCUGUUGUUUACAAUAUUGGCUGUUUAAUUCUGUUGGAUAUGAUAUACCAUGUGAUUUUCUUUUCCUUCUCAACUCAUGUGAUUUAAUUAACAAUGCAUAAUAUUGAUGUAAUAAGAUUGACACAAAGUAGAAGAUUUCGUUGCUUGAA